GUAGCUAUCUCCCAAAGUCCAGACGUCAAUGUGAAGAAACUCAGUAUAUCUAAAACUGAACUCUUCUGCUUACUCCACAAUCCCAUAUUCCUGAUUACCUCUCCUUCCCAACUCACCAUUUGGAUAAGUAGCAUCACCAUUCCCCCCAUGUGCCCAGCUGAAUCUGUCCUUGGUCACUCCUAUUUCUUUCAAGCCCCACACCAUUUAGCAAGGCAAUAUUUAUGAUAUAGUUUGAGGAUGUAGAUGCGAUCUGAAGACCAAAGAAAAUGCUGGUGGGUGUGAGAGAUGCCCAGGAGUGAUAAACUGCCUAGGAAAUGAAAGGGGCUUGCUUCACAGGAACGAAACCUAUCGUUUCUCUCACAUAGUCUCAGGGAUUUAUCCCUUUCUCUUUUCUUCCCUGGCCUGGCGCUCAUUUCCUGAGUUAAAAUAAACUACUAAUUGAUUUCCCAGUAUGUGGCCUAUUCCUGUUUCCAUUCGUCAUGGUGGUAGUGGUGAUGCUUUAGUAAUAUUAUUUGUCCGAUCAAUUCCUCAUCUACAGAAAAAGAAUGAUAAUGGUACCUAACUCAAUGAGUUGUUGUAUUAAAUGUUCUUUGUGUUUAUCACAGUGCUUGGCACCCAAUAAAUAUUAUUUUGUUGUUGUUGUUAACAGAACACAUUCACAUAUUCCCUUAUGAUUAUUUCACUUGGACUUAACACCAAUUAAGCUCCAUAAAGCACCAUAUUUACUUUUUAGUAAAAUCUUACCAUAACUUUUAAAAAUUCACAUUCUUCAUCUUGGGAGUUAACAUUUAAUAAUUGUAAAAUCUUAAACAAGUUAUUUUACUGAGCCUCUGCUUCCUUAUUUGAAGUAGGGAAAACAUUAUGUUCCUGGUUGAUAAGAGAUUAAAAUUAAUAAUGUAUAUAUCAACGGUGUUUGGGGGACCGCAAAGAACUGUACACAUUUUAACUGUUUUCACUCGUGCUGUAAGCUUUGUCUUUGAGCACAAGGGCUGAUGCAAACAAGGAAACAGCUCCAAAGAAUCCUUGGCCACCACCCCAAGACCUUGGUUCUACUAGGCACCGAGCCAUACACCAUUUUUCUGAUGGCUACAAGACAUCAUGUCAGCUCCACCAGUCACAAAUUCCCUGAGGUGAAAGUGAUCUACUGGGUGACCUCCCUGGCAGAGAGCAGGAGCCAGUCUCUUCAAUGGAUCAGGUUGAGAAUCAUUGCUCUCUGGAAGUUCAGGGUCAUCCUGAACCCCAGCUGUGUCAUCGACCAAGCCCUCCACAGCCUCCACCCUUUUCUGUAUAGUUCCUUCACCCUCUUGCACCUGGGGCCGCUCUCAGUGGAAACUGAAAGCUGCUUCCCCCGGAGCGUCACGAGGCAGCUGCUCUCCCGCCCACCCCAGCACGCAGCAGAGCCCAGCGGGGGAGUGGGUGUGCCCAUGCCCCUCCCUGCUGCCGACAGAGAGCUCUCCCCCCUCCCCCCAAAGCCCGCGCUCUUCUGGAAGCCCAUGCCCUCCAACUACACCACCCACUCACUACCCGCGGCCCCGCGACAGUCACCCGCUCACCGGGCUCCUGACCCCUCUUCAUCCUCUUCACUCGUGCCGGAUGUCUGCGCCCGCGCCCUUCCCCUUCUGCUCCCUGAGUCCCUCCGGGCGACAGACCAUCCAUAA